AUAUACAGGCGCUUAGUCUCUUAUAGUUUUAUAUGUCCGGAUCGUCCGGAUUCAGUUGUUUGGGGAGCAUCGAGCAACUCGCCGUUCGAUCAUAUUGCGGUGCGGUGAAACAAAACCGCUGCUCGCUGCUUUUGCGAAAUCGUGUUUUUUUUUUGUUUUAAUAUAUAUAUACCGUGUGUGUAUGCGUGUGUGCGUGUGUGAUUUAGUAAAAUAAUGAAUAAAUAAAUGUCUCAGCAGAUCGAGAUAUAAGCUCGAUCGCCUUCCGCGAUUACGAGCGUUCAACUUCUCCUUCGUCUUUGUUUCUUUUUUUUUAUAUUCAAAACCUCCGAUCGCGAGCGACGUGUGCACGCGCGCGCGCACGACAUUCCUCCCGCUGUGUGUCAUCGCCGCCGCGGCUCUCUCUCUCUCAUCUCUAAUAUACUCGCGUCUGCUUUUGUAUAUACCAAUAUUAUGCAUGCGGAGAAUGCGUUUUGUCAACAUUUUGCGCGGCGGAUAUGAAAAAAAAAAAAAAAAAAAAAAGCGUAAUAAUAAUUUAGAAACAAGAAAGAUGAAUACGUUUGGGGUACACAGGAUGAUGCGGCAGAUAUCGGAAAUUUCAUACGUAGGAAGCUUCAAACUGGUUAGAAUGGCAAGCGGACAGGACCAACAGUCCGGAGUGACGAUACCCCUGAGAUACAACGACGCUCAUUGGAGAGAGAUCUUUGCCAAGUACGAUUUGGACAACGACGGGCGAAUAUCUUAUCAAGAACUCAAAGCAAUGGUCCACGGAUCUACUUAUUCCAAUGAUAUUCCGGCAAGAGUGGUGAGAUUGAUGAUGGACAAAGCCGAUUUGGAUGAUUCCGGAUAUUUAGAAUUCCCUGAGUUCAUAGCUAUGAUUCAUAGAAAAGACAUGCAAGGAGUGUUUGGACAUUAUUUACAAAGAUACGUUCAUAAAAUGGUGCCUCAAAGACCGUGUGUGUCGGGGAGUGGGGGUACGCAAACGGCGCGUUACUCGAGUGACUCGCCGGACGGACAAUACGAGGAAGAAUACAGCUGUAGGCCUCCUGCUGUAGCAAUGAUAAUAAUAUCCAUUAUCGAGAUCAUUCUGUUCAUGUAUGACGCCAUAAAUCAGAAGGUGCCGACCGUCGAGGGAUCAGCCGCUACUGUUUUCAUUUAUAAUCCUUACAAGCGAUAUCAGGCCUGGAGGUAUCUGACCUACAUGUUCGUCCAUGUGGGUGCGUUCCAUUUGGUCGUGAAUCUGCUGGUCCAGGUUAUGCUGGGAAUUCCGUUGGAAAUGGUACACAAAUGGUGGCGCGUUCUUGUAAUUUAUCUAGCCGGCGUGGUUGCCGGUUCGUUGGGUACUUCCGUCUCAGAUCCGGGAGUAUUUUUGGCCGGUGCCUCGGGUGGCGUCUACGCAUUGAUAACCGCUCACGUCGCAACCAUCCUGAUGAAUUGGUCUCAAAUGGAAUUUGCCAUUCUUCAGUUGUGUGUUUUUCUCGUAAUAACGAUCGUCGAUGUUACUCAAGCAGUUUAUUAUCGAUACGUCCUCGGCACCAACGAUCAGAUCGGUUACGUGGCGCAUCUCACCGGUGCGAUUGCCGGGCUUCUCGUUGGUAUUAAUGUUCUUCGGAAUCUCGAGGUUAAAACAUGGGAAAAGGCUGUUUGGUGGGCAAGCAUAGUCACUUAUACCGCACUAAUGACCGCUGCUAUAUUGUGGAACAUUCUAUACGAUUCGUACUUUCCGCCCUCUAUGUGAUGCUCGAGCCUGCUACGGACACCGAUUCAUACAAAGUGUUCAUCAUCAACUGCCUGUGCGAUUCCCCUAGCGCACAACUUUUGUACUUGAAUUUCACAAUACACAAUCUUAUUCGUGUAAUUGGACAAGUUCUAGAUGCUAUGCAAAAGUCCCGAGAAAAAUUUUUGCGGAUAAGCCGUUUUCCCUAUCUCGCCACAAACAAACAUUUCGAAUAUCCUUUUUGUUUUUUACAUUCAAUAGAAAUUGGUGCUUGCUUGUUUCGGUUAUUUUUUUCUUUGGGUACUCAGUUGGCCUGCUUACGAAAAUCAAGUAUUCGAUGAGAUAGUAAUAUUUAUUCGCACACUUUCACCGAGAUCAUCAGAUAUUUUCCAUUUUAAUUUGGUUAAGAAAGUGCAUUUAUUUGAAUUAUUAGGCUAUUAUAUAUUAUACGGUCGGUUAUUUUGCGAAUAAAUAACGUUUUUCAAAUUGUGACACGAUUUAAUCGCCCGUACAUCGAUGUACGCAUACGCAUCCACGGUAGCAAAUUUAUAAUUUGUCUUUUAUUUUACCGAUUUAUUGACGAUACUCGUAACGGGGUCAUAAGCCAUAUGGCCCGACUGCACCAUGUAAAAUAUGGAUUAAUACCUCGGAUAAAAAUUUCGAUGUAUUUUUAUUAUAAGGAUAAACAGUAUUAAACGUUCGAUCGAGGUUAAAACGGUAGCUAUUUUUUAUUUUUUCUUUUUUUUUUCUCUCUCCAAACAAGUUUGAACCAUUGAGACGACGACUGAGUCGGGAAGGGGGGAACAAGAUAUGAAAGACUGGAUAUGCUUACGGGUUGUGUGAAACGAACGUAAAAAUUGUAGGAAUGUAUAUUUUUAUAUGAAAUAUGAAACAACGCGGUUAAAAUGUAGGCCCUCCGAUCUCUUUCUUACACGUAUAAAAGAAAAAAUAAUGUAUGCAAUCGUGCAACACGUGCCUCUCGAAUUUUGUUAUGCUUAACGUUAUAAAACGCGAUAUAUCAUACCCAUAUAAAUUAAGUAAAACAAUACCAUUGUGUAAUAAUAUCAAUAAACAAUAAUGAUGGUAUGAAAAGAA